AUGUCGACUAAUAAAGAAGUCAAAGCUGCCCUGAAAAGUGCCAGAGAAGCUAUAAAAAGCAAAGACUUCAAAGAGGCAUUGAAGCAAUGCAAGAAUGUUUUGAAGCUUGAGAAAAACAACUACAAUGCAUGGGUGUUUAUUGGCCUGGCUGCCAGUGAGCUGGAGCAGCCCGAUCAGGCACAGACAGCCUAUAGGAAGGCUGUGGAGUUGGAACCUGAGCAGCUACUGGCAUGGCAGGGCCUAGGCAAUUUAUACGAAAAGACAGAUCAGUGGGAUUUCAAAAUUGAACUUCCUAAUGUCUAUCAGAAGCUUGUCGAGCUGUAUGCAAGUUCUGACAAAAACAAGUGCUAUGAAGUGAUUGGAAAGCUGCAAGAGAUACACCAAUCUGACAAAGAAUAUGCCAAGUUGGCAAAGGUUUGGCUACAGUUGAUUCAACUGAAAGAGGAAGAUGGCGCAGACAAGAAAGCUUUACUGCAGCUUUGGCAACAAAUGGCGCAGCUCCUGUCAGACUGCUGCAAUGAAAAUGAGCAGGACACCGAAAUGCAAAAGCAUUUAAGCACAGCUUUUGAGAAAGCCAUGGUUCUAGUUGAGCCAAAACCUGGAGAAGAACACCGGAAGCUCUCGGCCAACUACAUCAAAUGUCUUUCCAAGCUACCUGAAGAAGAAGAGAAGAUGAAGCAAGCGUGCGAGUCAGUGUUGUCCCUCUACCCCACUCAAAGUUUUCCUCUUGAAAUCCUUUGCUCCCACUACCUCAAAAAAGGUGUCCAGAGUGAGGAUGCUAUGAAUUGCUUUUCACGGCUUCAUAAUUUGGCACCGGACAAUGGAUUGUGUAAUUUGGGAUUCGGCAUGAAAGCACUCCAAGAGGGCAACUAUAAAGAUGCCAUUAAAGACCUCACGCAAGGAUUGAAGAAAACAAACUUCAUCCCACUGUGGUACAGUCUGGCAGAAGCUCAAUUUAAAGUGCAUAAAUAUGCAGACUGCUCAAAAUCAUGUGCUCACGGUUUAAAUGCGUGCCUACCAGGAGACCAGGAACUAAGGAUCAGACUCCUGAAGCUAAGGGUUGAAGCUUUGGUUCGGAGUGGAGAGGAGAAGGCUGCUGAGCAGGCUUUGGAGACAUUUUCCCUGAUCCCUGAUGCUGACAAAGAUCCAUUACUAUUAGCUCUUAAAGGUCGUGCAUACCUUAACAAAGGGAAAAUAGUUGAGUCGUUAAAGUUGUCAUCACAGCUUGAAACCUCCCACCCAAACUUGGCCCAGGUGUCAGCGCUGAAGGGAUUAGUCCACCUAGCUGAGGAUCAGAAACAGCUAGCAGAGCAAAGUUUCCUCAAGGCAGCAACACAAAGCUCCAACUGUGGCGAGUAUUUUUUUUUGCUGGGUACACUUUACUGGACCAUGGGAGAAGAGACCCGUAAAGACAAAAGCAAAGCACAUUCACAUUUUCUCAAGGCUGCUAAAUUGGACCCACACCUCGGUUGCGCGUUCCGGUACCUUGGGCAUUAUUAUCGAGAGGUGGCCAAUGACUCAGGUCGAGCACGUGGCUGCUACAAGAAGGCCUUCGACUUGGACGGUGACGAUGCUGAAUCUGGGGCGGCUGCAGUUGAUCUCAGCAUGGCAGAGGAAGAUAUGGACACCGCUUUAACAAUGCUCCAAUCAGUGAUUGAAAAGGCCACUCCAGGUUCUGCUAAAUGGGCCUGGUUGAGACGAGGUCUUUACUACCUAAAGGUUGGACUGCAUCAACAGGCAAUUGCAGACCUCCAAGCAGCUUUGAGAGCAGAUCCAGAGGACUGGGUGUGUUGGGAGUGUUUAGGCGAGGCCUACUUAAAACGCCAAAGUUUCACAGCAGCUCUGAAGGCCUUUGGGAAGGCCCACAGUCUUCAGCCUACCUCCAUCUACAUCCUUUACCAGGCCGCCGCCAUAAAACAGACCCUGGGCAAGUUCCAAGAAGCCAUCGCGGAGUACUUACAGAUCACAACGCAGCAUGACUACGUCCCUGCUUUGAAAGGUCUUGGUGAUUGUCAGCUCGCCCUUGCAAAAAGUUUUAUGGAGGAUUGCAGAGACGGUGGAGCCAUUGACCUGAUCCAGCAAGCUAUACAUAAUCUUCUAAGGGCUGUACAGCUGCGAUCUGACUUGUCCUGUUUAUGGAAGCUGCUGGGAGAUGCCUGCUCCGCUGUCAGCACAGUUUCUCCAGAGAGAGCUCAGGUCCAGAUGCCGGCAGCGCUAACUGGUUUGCACCCACAAACUAAGCUCCAUACACUGAACCAAACUGAGACGCUCAGAGUCGGCGAGAGGUGUUACACCCGUGCAUUGAAACUGAUGCCAGAAGUUGCGAGCCUAUGGCAUGACCUGGGACUCAACUUUUAUCAACAAGCUCGCCUGACCUGUGAUUCUGAGGACGAACAAACACUACUACUAGAGAAAUCCCAACAAUGUUUAAGAAAGGCAGUCAUGAUGGACAGUGGUGAACAUAGCAACUGGAAUGCUUUGGGAGUGAUCAACAUGAGCAAAGGUCUGGAGAACUUUGCGCUGGCUCAGCAUUGCUUCAUCAAGUCCAUUCAAGUUGAAUCUAAUAAUGUUGUUGCCUGGACCAACCUCGGCACCUUGUAUCUGAAAAAGGAUAAUAUAAAGCUUGCGCAUGAGGCGUUUAAGGUUGCGCAGUCAUUGGAGCCGCUGUAUGUCAACUGCUGGAUUGGACAGGCACUGAUUGCAGAAGCAGUGGGAAGCGAUGAAACCAUGGAUCUUUUCAGACACACCACUGAACUUAGCACACAUACGGAGGGAGUAAAAGGUUACGCCCAUUGGGUUUGUUCCACCCUGCUAGAUAAAAGCAAGAGAGACUCUGAGGUGUACCGUUACAACAUAGUCCAGAUGAAUGCCAUCACUGCAGCCCAGGUGGCACUCACAAAGUACACUGAACGAAUCCAGUCAGAUGUUGAUGCCUUUAUCAUGUUGGGAUUUCUGAACGAGCAUCUCCAGCUGAAGAGACAGGCUGUGCAAGCUUAUCAAAGUGCCAUUGAGCUGCUUGAUUCCAAAUCGCUCACCGAACAACUUUUUUUUGCUCGAAGCAACUACGCUCGUGCUUUAUGUGCUUGUGGUCGGUGGGAAGAGGCAGUCCGUUGUUAUAACACCACUCCACUGGAGGAGCUUAGUGAUCUGUCAGGGCUGGCUCUAGCCUACUGCAAAGCGGGGCUCAUACAAGACAGCUUCAGCACAUAUGAGCGUGCACUGACUGCGGCCUCGAGUGAAAAGGAGACAGCGUAUGUGUUGACAGCUCUUUCGUUGCUGCAGCACCAGCAGGGCAAUGUUGACUCUGCCAAGACGCUGCUGUUUAAAUGCUCCAUGUUGAAAGAACCAGUACCGGAGUCGCUUCUGUGUUUAUGCGCUCUCGGUUUGGUCCACAAUGAUACGACGCUAGCCUCUGCUGCCCGCACCGAGCUGCUUAAACAAGGCUCGUCCUGUGCGACGGUUAUUGAGCAGCGUUGUCUUCUCACCUGCACCUUACUAGCGCUGCAGGGUAACUACAGUGCAGUGCAAAGAGAGGCCUCCAAAGCUGUACACAGCUAUCCGGGGAACUCUUCUUUGUGGUCACUAUUGUCCAAACUGGUACCCCAGUACUACCCUAGGAAGGCAAAUGGGGGAGCGAUUGCUGGACGUGUCGCCUGUCUCUCUAGUAUGACUCUGGGAAAGAGGGCGCUGCUCUACAGUGGUGUGAACCAACUGGCCUCUGGGCGACACUCUGGAGAGGAUUCUCAUAGGAAUGCCUUGAAGACCAUGCAGAGAGCUGUGUUGCUCUGUCCUGACGAUCCAGCAGCGUGGGCAGGAUUAAUGGCUGCAUGUCACACAGAAAACACUUCCUGUUAUCUCUCUGGCUCAGUUGCUCGCAGGCAAGGACUAGAGCAAACCCUCAUGUCGGUAGUUUCUGAGAAAGUGCAAGAAGUUCAGGGGAUAGAGCGCCCCCUAGCAGAAUCUCUGGAAGGAUGGGUACUACAACAGGCAGUUAGUGGUCUCAUGCUGAGUGGUCAACUUGAGCAAGCAGAAGCACUCUGCUCACAGGUGUUGAAAGUGUCACCAGAGCAUCCAGCAGUGAUGUUGUCACUUAGACAAGUACAGUGCCAGCGUCUCCUUGAAGCCAAAGAUAGUACUUUCCUCUCCGAAUCUGUCCUGGAGCAGCUUAAUAAUGCUGUGAUGUUGAACCCACACAAUAUUGCAGCGUGGCAUUGGUUAGCCACGGUGUACAUCAGCCAGGGUCUACUGGUACAGGCAAUCAUGGCACUCAGACAGAGUUUGCAGCUCGCCUCCCAAAUCGGCCUGCACAGCAGUCAAGUAGCCAGCUUGCUGCGUCUCGCCCUGCUGGCACUGAGGCCCUGCAUGGCAGGUGUUCCUGGAAACGACUGGAAGGAUCUGGUUCUACAAGCUACGACAGAGGCCUUGAAACUAGGCUCUUCCCCCGUGGCACUCCUCUUCCAGGCUCUCUUACAGUUUGCCACCAAGAUGGCUGCCAGGGAAACCAGACGACUUUUGGAAAAGCUGGUUUAUGUCCCCUCUCGAGAACUUCCAGUGACAGUGGUGCAUGUGGCCAGCUGGUAUCUUCUAAGGCACCUGCAUUUCAAGAACGACCAGGAGCUCAUUCAUGUACUUAUGGAGCAUGCUGAAAGAAAUGGGGAUCAUCGAUUGAAGGACUUCCAUUCACAGCUUGAUUCUUCAUCCUGA